AUGAGAUUAACUGUUACACUUGUAAUCAUUGCGGCACUGUUUGUAAACGUGUCCACACAAUAUGGUGAACCAGAUUCAGAUGGAAACCCAGGAUGGCGUGAGCGUGAAUCUCAUGUGAUUGUAAAUGCAAUCAGAAGUGCACCAAUCAAGUAUGUUACAACAUAUUAUACAUCAUAUGCCAGUGAUUUCUUUAUGUCCCCAGCAAUGUUCCCUGCUGUGCCUCCAUUGUACUUGACGACGACAGAUAGCCACCCAGCAUUGUUGCACGCCCAGGACAUGGCAUUCAACAAUUGUUUCAAUCACAGUGAUUGUGGAAACAAUACAUCCUUCGAACAACGCAUUAAGAAGUAUGUCACAACUGAUUGUCUGGGUCAGUCAUAUGGCGAGAACAUUGCCGCUGGCCUCGACAAUGGUCGUGGCGUCUCCUGGUACCUGCUCUGCGAGAAUGACACCAUCCCCUGUGCUGCCGACUCGAACACUCUCAACACUGGACACAGAAGGAACAUCAUGAGUCCAACGUUCAAGUCGAUGGGUAUUGGAUAUGCCUACAGCGCCCAGGCUGACUAUAGUUACUAUUGGACGCAAGACUUCACUGCGGCAACAUGUCCCUCACAGACCAACCCGAUCUAUGGUGGAUCACACUCGUUUGUGGACAGCAACUUGGUGUACUAUGCAAACUGGUGGAAGACUGCUCCUGCAACAUCAAAGAUCUAUAUCAAGGCUGGCAACAACGCAGUUGUGUCACAUGACUUGACCCUUCAUCUUGGCAACUCGACGCUGGGCACCUUCAUCUACAACUCCACCACUCAGUACACAGAGUGCCAACUCUACGCCUUUGUAUUCACGGUGGGUGAUGCAACCUAUCGCUAUCCAGACACUGGAUCAUUGGCCACACUGACAUCUACCGCCAGCAAGUGUGCUGCAUGGUCUUCAACCAACAUCAUCCCAAGUCCAUCUACAAGCACAUCCACUACAUCAUCGAACCCAGCUACUACCUCAACCUCCACAACAUCAACUGCCCAGACCACCACGACCACCAAGGAUGGAACUACCACAUCACAGACAACCACAUCAACUACCUCGACUCAAUCAACUGGCACUACCAGCACCACAAGGGAUGGAACGACCACAUCACAAUCAACUUCCUCAACUACCUCGACUCAAUCGACUGGCACUACCAGCACCACAAGGGAUGGAACGACCACUUCGACUGGAACAACCAAGCCCUCGACCACAACAACAUCAACCACGACCACUUCGCCCGUUACUACUACUACCGAGGGUGGUACGACUCAAGCUGGCACUACCAAGUCAUCAACUGUUUCCACGUCCGCUAGCACCACGACUACCGGCCAGACCUCUGACCCAACUCACCCAUCAAUGGCCAUUACCUUGUCUGGUUCAUUACAUCUUGGAUUGAUCAUUGCUUUAUUGUUUGUGGCACUACUUCUCUAA